AUGGCGAAGGCCGGGCAGAGCCACCAUCUGGGUGCAGACUUGAUUCAGGUGGUAGAGCAGCUGGAACGCCACUGCCUUGCUCCUGAUGGGUCUUACGUCUCUAAAUCUGCCUACUCCGAUCUUCAGCUCGUAAGUAAUAUUCCCCUCUUGGUUAAUCCGCCGAUCCCUUCUUCUCCUCUAAAAUCACUGUUUUAAGGACAUGGUUUUUUUUUUUACAUAUAUUUUCUAGGCCAGAGAAGAGAUGUCGAGAGAGAGGACGCGGUACUUGGAAUCCUUGGUAGGUUUCGGUCGUGAAUAUUUUGUUGAGGCCUUUCCUAAAUAACAGUACAAUGUCAUGGAAGAUAAUUGGUUUUGAGGGUAUAUUCUAUAAAGCAUAGCCUUUUUCAGUUAUUAAACUUGAUUUAUGACUUCGUUGGUCGUUUAACUAGGCUCAGAUCAUUCAUCCCCGCGCUCUUCCCUUUCCUCACUCUCAUUUUUUCUCUUUAUUUUGAUGUUUUAACUUUGUUCAGACUCUAUACAUUGAGGCAAUAGCGAUGGUGGAAGAAUACCAGCAAUCAUUGGCAAGUGCAAACGUCGGAGGAACCAGAGAGGCUCAGGGUCACCACCCACGUCUUCUUGGGAUGAUGUGCACCCCCCAGGUCCGACAUCUGAUUUAAAACUCAUUACGUGAAAUGUUAUCGCUAGCUAUUCAUUUUACCACUGCAUUGAUUUUAUAAUUUUGGGACUGUAGCUCGUGUCAUCUUCAAGGAACCCAUCUCUCUGAUGUACAACUUUGUGGUUAAAAUUCAUCAUCUAGUAGUUAUUUGUUAUACCUCUGCAUUGAUCCGCAAUUUUCGGAGAGAGGCCUGUGUGUUCUCAUGGGAUCUGGCCUUCCUUGUUGUAUUGGAAGGUUGUAUGUAUAGUUUGAUAUCACAGCAUAAUUAAAAAACUUGUAGAAAAUUAAUGAGUAAUUGAAGAAGCCACAUCUUUUCUGUUGAACUAGAAAAUAAAGCAAUUCUCCAAUGUGGCACGGUUGACUAUGUUCUCCACCUCAGGUAGUAGUCAUGUCUUUUCGAACUUGUGCAUGCUUGAAAUUAUUAUGCGUGGGCAGCGGGUGUUCUGUAAUCUUCAAGUCUACAUUUCUUCCAAGGGUUAUACUUGCCGUUGAAGAAGAAAGGUGUAAGUAAAAAUUGUAACUGUAUUUAAAUUAUUCAUGAGCUAUGCACACGCGGUACUUUUUUUCUAUUACAAUGAGCAUAGUUUCAAAUGGGUUUGCUGCUAAUGCAAGCAUUUCUGAACCAUGAUAAAUGUUGGUAACUCUAUGGUAUCGGGUUUCUGUCUGCCACAGUUUCAAAAGGUCUAUUACAUGAUUUGAUAAUAUAGUUUGCUCUCUUGAACUGAUUGAUUCUACCCAUUGGAGUUGGAUUCACUGUUGUGUGUUCUUGUUGCCUUUGGAUUUAGGUAUCCGUGAAAGUCAUGCUUGCAUCAUGGUAGAUGUGACCAUAGACAUGACUCAAAUGAGAGUCUAUUCGAGUUUGUUCAAGAUCUUUUGUGUUCGCUUGAAUUUCAUGAUACUAAAUUUUUUCCACUACUCUAAUCUAGCAAACACCCCCAGUUCUCAUUUUCAAGAGCUUCUAAUGUUCUAAAGAUAAAUUAGGUGUUUGGAACAGAUCACACUAUAUCAAAAUUCAUUUUAUAAACCAAUCUUAGAAUUUUCGGAAAGGAAAAAAAUCUAGUUACUUUUUGAUGAAUUUAUUUCUUAAUUUGAUUAACUGUCGGAAAGGAACAGAAUUUCAAAAUAAUUUUUCUUGACUCAAGUGAUUAUAAUCAUGUUUGUACGGUUGUAAAAGAGUAUGAGAAUUGUCCGAAUAUUAAAAAAAUGAAAUCUAAUCAAUAAGUCAUAAGUUGAAGUGCGAGAAAUCCUGAAGAUGACUAUAUUUUUAAUGUGAUUUGCUUAGUUUUUUCGGAAAAGCAGUUCUAAUUUCCCAGUAGAAGUCCACCAAAACCUUGGAGGAAUAAUUGGCAUCUGGUGACAGUCAUUGGUUCACAUCCAAAGAUAUUUAAUCUCGCAGGUAAACCCCAAGUUUUUCCAGAAUGACAUAAAGUUCAGACGGGCUGCAACGGGACAAUACUGAAAAGAUAAAAAUGUAUAAAGUAACUUUUUUUUACUCGAAGAGUUUUUACUUAUAGAAGAGAGCAUACAGAAAGUAUAGAUUAAUAAUUUAUUAUGAGGUAUGAUGAGUGAUAGAAUUAUUGACUUUUAGCAUCAGUAAUCCUUAUCUGUAUUUUCUAUCACCAAGUAAGAUAAUAUGAAGAUGGUGAUCUGGAGUGGGCUCUGUGGAUUCUGAGGUUCACCAUUCACCCUUCUAGGAUCCCAUUUGCUCUCUCUCCCUCUCUCUAUCUAUCUAUCUGUCUAUCUCUCUCUCUCUCUCAGCUUGUUGAUACAAAAUAUGGUCAUUGAUGAAUUUAUAUUAAGCACACAAAACUAAUGUCGCAGUCAAUGAAGUUCUCUCGGACUUCUACAAGGCAAUUGAAAUAUUAUAAAUUUGUGAUGUAGGUCUAUGAAUCCCUUGAUCACCGAUUAGUUGUUGCUGAGGCAGCUCAACGAUUGAGACUCCCUCUUGUUUCAAAAGACGGUGACAUUCAUGAAGAAGAGAUUGAAAAGUUGAUUACAAUGUCAAGAGGCUCUUCUGAUACCACUGGUGCUAAAGUUAACUCGGCCUCCAACUCAACAGGCUAUGCUAAUAUCACAAAUAUCAGCAGUGGUUUGCCUAACACUGUGAUUCAAUCCAAUAUUUCUAAUCUUCCUGAGCCUGGAGUUGGUGGCGUGCCAAAUCAUUUCCUUGGGAUUACGUCAGAUUUCUUAUGGAAGGUUCAACUGCAGAAGGCUCCUAUCUCUUUGGUAUGUCUCUUGUUUAAUGUGGCCAUUGUUUGAAAGACAUUCUGAGGAGCUUAUCUUGGGAUGCUGGAGACAAGAAUCAAGUGGUUUUUUGUGGUUAUAUGCUUUAUACUUGUUGAUCAUUUUUUUUUGUGAUUCAUGACAAUUGAAUAGCUUAUAGAACUCUGCUAUGACCUGCUGACUUUGGUUGUAUUGCUGUAGGAUGAGACACAUUACCAGAGGUCCAUUUCUAGUGAGAUGGAGGGCCGGCUAGAGGCCAAAUGUGAUAAACUGGCUGACAUAUUUGCCACUGUCGAAAUCGGUAUGGUGAACACUUGAAAUAAAAUUAAAUGUUUUCCAUUUUCCUUUUUUGUAUCUGAUGUUAUUUGCCCAUUCUGUAGAUUCUUCUUCUCUUAGCCACAUCCCUAAUGCCCGGCUUCCAGAGAGGUACACUUCAGAUUUUACCAGUGUAUUUCUCUUUUCAUAAUUAUAUUCCUCUUUAGAACCGGUUACACGUAUAUCAGUCUUAUGUAGCAUAUUUCGGUCUGACAGUCAUAUGUUUUUAAUAUUCUGGGAUCAUCCAAUGCUGCUUUCUGUUCUCUAGCGAUUAUUCUUAAUCUCCUUUCAUAGUUUCGGUUCAUGAAGAUAGCCAAAGAAAUUUAAAUUUAUUUUAUUUUAUUUGUAUCAGUCUUUUGAAUCUCAUUUCUUGAAUAACUGUGUUUUUAGGGCCUUUCUAUAUGUCGUCGUUGAAUAAUUUGUGUAUCAUCUGAUUAAAUAAUAUUAAAUGAAGUUAAACUCAGGAAUCAUGUAUGCAUUUAACAUUAGUGAAUCUACGGGCAUAAAUGAUGAUUCUGCUGUCUCUGUUAAAUCCAUCAAUAUCAGAAAUUAAUUACCCUGUGAGGCCUUUUACAUCUGGAUUUACUUCUUUAUAGUAACGAGUAGGAGUUCACUUGGCUGUUGCACUGUUUUGCUUGCUGUUAUUUCUUUCUGUUUCAGAUUGGUUCAGUAAGUUGUUGGUAUCUGUGUAGAAAAUAAACCAGAGCUGAAAAUUAUCUGUUAAUUUGAAAUUUUCAGUUAUUUGAGAACCCUGAACAGCUGUUCUGAUCAACUCCGAUUAGGUUAAUAUUUUCUAAAGGUCCGUAGGAUUAGUGAUUGCCAUCAUAUAAUGUACCAGUUUCACAUGUUUUACGCUCUCUAUGAGUCAGUUCAGCUGCACCUAACGCAAUUUUUGUUACAGUCUCAUUGUCAAGUAUUUCUUUUUGUGUGUUGAUAUGAUUAUCUCUGGAGCAUAAGAAAGGAAUUCAGCUGAGGUGGAAGAUCCUCCUUUUUUAGAAUCUUUCUUUGCCGAAAUGUGGCGUUCUAUGUAGGUAAUUUCUAUUUUUCAAUAGAAAUGUGCCUUUGAAUCUACUAAACUAGCCAGAAAGGUGGAAUGUAGAUUGCCGGGUUUCUCAGAACUACCACGUUUAUUGAACUUUUUCAAUGAGUUUCAAGAGUUCUCUCAGGGAAAACAAAAGUAUUUAUUUGCUGUUGCUGGGAAGAUCAAUAAUAUAUGCAUAGUCUAUACUGAUGCUAAAUAUAGAUCCAUGAUACACUGUAAUGAAGUUUCUAUGGUUGAAUAUCCUUCUCAAACCGUUGGGAAGAAAGAACUUGUAGUAACUCUUUGAUUACUAGGGUGGUAUCAACAAUGCAAGUGAUCUGAUUCAUCAUAAUCACAGUAAACGUAUCUGUUGAGAGACGUUGGUCAUCAUACCUUUUCUCUGGAAACCAAGUAGCCAACUCUCUUACCAAUGGUUUGAUUCGAAGAGUUACUGGAGACCUGUUUCAUUCUGCUUUAAGGAAGCCGUCAUUGAUAGAUUUCUAUGGUAGUUUGAGGGUGGGACUUAGCAAUCGUGAGCUGGUUUUUUCUCCAGAUCUUUCUCACAAGAUCCAGAACUGGUUUCCUCUUUAGCGGUUCAACAAGGCAGUUUUUGAUUUACGUUUUUCUUCGAAUUUGCCUGUUCUUAUUUAUGUAAUUGUAACUUUGAGUAUAUUGCCUUAGCCUUUCCUUUACUCGAGUCUUUCACAUAAUCACCUAUGCCAUCGCUGUAGAAAGGUUCCCCACAGAUGUGAUAAAUUUGAUUGACAUGCUUCGUUUUGACCCUGAAACAUAUCAUUAGCACACUGUGUGGUACUUUUUCGAGUAAUGCUGACGUCAUGCAUCUAGUGUAUGCCAUCAUGGAAAGGUCAUUCCUAUUGUAGCUGAAGUGGUUGAAGAUAAAGUGGUUAAUUGAUUGUUCCUGCUUCCUACACCACGAAAAGAUUUCAAAUAUGGAUACCUCUACCCAAAUUGAAGAGUCAAGGAGAUAGAUACCUCUAGUGCUGGAAUUUCUGACUCACUUUUUUCAAUGUAGAUCAAAAAAUUUAUAUGAGGCAGAAAAGCCAUCAAUAUCCUUGGUAUAGAAGAUAUCCUAGUUACAUGGUUAUACAUGAGUUCACGCUUUGGUUCCGUGUAGGUUUCAGAACUUUGUUCCUUUACCAUUACUUUCACUUUGUUAAUUAUGUUUUCAACACCACCUGUCUUAUGAUAGAUUUUUAUCCGACUUCAUCAGGGUAAAGUUGAUCACCGAGGAGAUUGAAAGGGAAGAGACAUUUUUGUUGCAAGAUCUAUAUUCAAUGGAUAGGAAGUUUGCAGAACAUUACAGUGUAUGUUUCUGAAUAACCGAUUACAAAUUUCCAGCUCUCCCCGUGUUUUUGAUACCCUAGCGAACUCACUUAUUUGUUCAACAAGGUUCUGGAGCAAAUACUGAGUGUGCUUGUAAAGUUCGUCAAGGAUUUAAAGCUGCAACAUCAACAUAAGCUCGUAAGCUUAUGAAUUAAAUGCUUUAUUGGAUUGUAUAAUUUUUAUAUUCUUUGAUACACAAAUAAAGUUUCUUAACUAAGAUGGUGGCCAAAUUUUAUUUCUGAGGAUUUAUUCUAGAUAUAUAUUUUAAGGCUCUUGCCUUUGCCUUAAUUCUUUUAAUUUAUGUGAUUAAUUCUUCUUUCCUCUGGAUGAUGUAGGACGAACUGAGGAAAGACUGGUUAUGCAAACGGUGCCAAACACUAAAUGCCAAAUUGAGGUUUUCCUCAAUCCUUUUUUUUUUGGUUGCCUACGAUUUUUAGCUUCUUCUGUAUUAUUGUUAAGUUCGUCAUGUGAUCCGGAAGCUGUAAAAGGUUCGCAAAGGGCGGAAUCUGCUGUUUUGUCCUUGUUUGCCAUUUCAUUCCCAAUUUUUAGGGCUUUAUACUGUUGCUAACUGCGAAAAUGUUGACCAUUUGAAAAACUGUGCCGGUUUUGUUAAUCUUUUUAUUUUAUUUUAUUUUCUCUGUUCGUUAUUGGCUCCUGAUGAUUGUAGGCUGGCUCUGCUUCUAACAAGAGGUUAUGAACAAAAAAGGAAAAAAUCUCUGCUAAAGAGAUGAGAUGGAUACCAAGAAUAAGAGAUAAGGCUGACGACCAUUCAACAUAGCUUGUUAAAGAACAUAUAAGAGCUUGAUAAACACAUGCUAUGAUAUUGGAUAGAGUCCGGAUGGGGGAAAUGGAACAGUCAUUUAUGUUGAAUAAGUAUGCCUACGUACAUAUGGAUGCACCUUAUGUGCAUAAGCAAGACGGCUCUAGUAAGUUGGGAUAUGUUGGAUGAUGAGUGGCUCCUCUAGGAUGCCGAACUUUACCAUUCUUAUGUCUUUUUUCUAGUUUCUUACAAGUAUAAGAAUUAUGUUCAAUAAUUCCCGCAAAAAUUUAUUCAUCAAGAAAUAUAUCUUUACCACAAUCUCGCCUUCUCCAUUUAUCUGCUCUGGAACUUCAUCUCCAGAGCUGUUCGGCUGCACCAAUCUUCCUAGAGAAUGCCUGCCGUCCUUGUUCACCCCCCAGUCAGUCCCUACUGUUCACUAUUAGCAAAAGUUUUAGCCUCCAGUUGCCAAAAAUGGCAUGCUGCAAUCCUGAAACCGCUACUAUCUCCCGGAUAAUGUAAUGUUGGACUAUGCUAGUUGUAAAUAUUUUGUUGCUGUUCUUAAAGUUUCAUGGAAAAUUAUGCAAUGACUGCCUCUUGAGGAGGGAAUUUGACCAAUGUUUCAUGUCCUCAAUGCCAUUCAUUUGGCUGGAUUUCAUGGCAGGUGUUUGGAAUACCUUCUCUUGUGCAGCACCUACAAUAAAGAUUCUGUGCCGGCUCUUCACCGAGUACGGUAGGAAGGCAUCCGCCACCCUCGGUCCAUAAGCUGCUGCGUCUCGAAUCCCCCAGAGUAACAAGCUUUGCUAUUUCAGGGAACAUCUUGUGGAGGCCAAAGCAGAAGCAUCCGUGGCUUACAACAAAGCUGUAUGUCUCUUCUCUAAAAAUUUCAGAUUUUAAUUUAUUUAACUAUGCUUUUCUAUAUAAACGAAUUGGGUGAAUUUAUAUCUUCACGCAGAAAAAUAUAUGUUCCUAUGAAUGGAAUUGAUGGCCCAUCAGUGGAAAUGAAGAGGGUUGGCCUUAGAAACUAUUUAUCUCCUGCAGGUGACACGCCUUCGCGAGUAUCAGGGCGUUGACCCUCAUUUUGAUGCGAUCGCCAUGGAGUACCAUGACAUUGUGAAGGUUGCUCGUCGUGAUGGUUUUUUUUUUUUUUUUUUUUUCUAAUUAGGGUAUCUGUUCUAUGAGAGCUCUGAUAUUGUUUUGCAGAAACUGGAAGGCAUGCAGUGGACCAUCCACCAGGUUGAGAUGGAUUUCCGACGCUCAUCGGAUCAUCAGAGCUCCUCCUAUGCUUUGUGA